UCCUCAAGCAGAGAUUCAUACGUGAAUCGCGACAAUGAGGCGCAGACAAAUCCCACCGGACACUCUUUAAUCAGAUCUUCCAUCACAAUCUCAAUCUCAAUCCAACCGUCAAAUAACAGCCGUUCAUUUCAUCAAACUUACUCACGGACCAUACAAAACCUCAACCAACAUCAAGUAACGAUAACAAAUUGCGCUUUACGAAGUUAGAUAAAUCCUAAGGAUAACCACGUCUUUAUUCUUUCCAGCCUGGAUUUCUUACCAACCACCAUUCUGUUCAUUCAUUCUAAAUAGUAAAUAAAUGCCAAAUACCAAAACCACCCUUACACUUCAAAAUACCAACACUUAUCUUCUUCUUUGCCCUUCUACACUCAAAUCCUUUACUUCACUAAAACAACAUGAUGCAACCGACACCAGUUACACGCGCUCUUGUGUUUUUCUUCUUCGCCGCGGUUUGUUUCCCGCCGGCGUUAUGUUCCGAUGAAGUCCAGUCGUUCCGUGAAGCGCCAGCAUUUCGAAACGGUAGGGAAUGUCCGCCGCGCCAAACGUCAUCCGUCAUCCACAUUGCAAUGACUCUGGACGCUACCUACCUCCGUGGCUCCAUUGCCGGUGUUUUCUCUGUCUUGCAACACGCUUCGUGUCCAGAGAACGUAGUGUUCCAUUUCGUUACUACCACGCACCGCCGCCGGCAAGAGCUCCGUCGCAUCAUCAUUUCAACAUUCCCGUACCUGAAUUUCCACAUCUAUCACUUCGAUUCAAAUCUCGUGAGAGGAAAGAUCUCGUACUCGAUUCGCCGCGCGCUCGACCAGCCGCUCAAUUACGCGAGGAUGUACCUCGCCGAUCUAGUUCCGGCGACCGCUCAGCGAAUCAUUUACUUCGAUUCUGACCUAAUUGUGGUUGAUGACGUGGCGAAACUUUGGAACAUCGAUUUAGGAGAUCACGUACUUGGCGCGCCGGAGUAUUGUCACGCUAAUUUCACUAACUACUUCACGCAUCGGUUCUGGUCGAAUCCGGCUUAUGCGUCGUCGUUUAAGGGGCGUGGUGCGUGUUACUUUAACACAGGUGUGAUGGUGAUUGAUCUUUGGAAAUGGCGUGAGGGAAGAUACACGGAGAAGCUUGAGAACUGGAUGCGGAUCCAGAAACGGAGCCGGAUCUACGAGCUUGGUUCUCUGCCGCCGUUUCUUCUGGUGUUCGCCGGAAAUGUCGAGAGAGUGGAGCAUAGAUGGAACCAGCAUGGCCUCGGCGGUGAUAACGUUGAAGGACUCUGCCGCGAUCUGCAUCCUGGUCCGGUGAGUCUUCUGCAUUGGAGUGGGAAGGGGAAACCCUGGCUUAGAAUCGAUUCUAAGAAGCCUUGUCCGUUGGAUAGUUUGUGGGCUCCUUAUGAUCUCUUUCGUCAUUCUCCUUCCCCGUUCUGUGAUUCCUAAUUAGGGUUUGAAGAAGAAUGAAAAACUGCUAGGGUUUUGCAGAAAUGCUCUCACUCGUUCGUCCAAAGGGAUAAUGAAAUGAUUGUAUAUAAUUGGUUUGAAUUGAAUGCUGUACAAAAACCUCAAUGAUGAUCCAUGGUGCUCUGCACGGCAAGGGAGGAAUGUCGCACAAAAACAAAAAACGGGAUGCUUAAUGAGGGUGUUAACCAAGUGAAAGAGUUUGAAAAGUUAUUCAGAGGGAUUGAAUGCUGGUAUUUUUUUUGUUAGUUGGUUAUCGUAUGGAACAAUCCAACUAUUGAUGAGCUUCUAAUGUGAAUAUAACACAGAAUCAGUGAAGGCGAACCAUGGUUUUGUUGGUUGCUUGUAAAACAUAAGGUAUGCAAAAGUAGAUCCAAACUGAAUUGUGAGGCAGCAGCACUGGAGUCUACUAAACAACACUUAAAGUGGUAAAACAAAAUUUUGGAUUCAAAUAUGGCACCGGCACCCUUUCAGUUGUAUUGGGGUUGAAGGAUAGGGAAGACCAGAAACUUUCAAUUUAAAAAAACAUUUGAAGUAAAUACAGCUUUGGCGACUGCUUUGGCAAGACCAAAUCCAAUCCAACUGGGAUGAGAUCUGUGAUAUAUACAUAAACUUGGGAAUAUCAAAACUGAACAUAGAUCCGUCUCAACAGAAACCAUUGCUUACAGUAGCAAGGGUUACUAGAUGACGUGAUGGUGAGUAGAAAUUUGACAUGCAAAUAUAUUUAUAGGAUUCUCAGAAAGACGACAGACAGCAAAUUGCUAAUGUUGAAUGAUCCAUAUUCUUUCCAAAUAUACCUGCAGACAGACUCUACUGUAAAAGGUAUAAGCUGAAAGCCAGAUGAGCAAGAGUGUCCCAGUGCUGUUAAACAAAGCCACUGCUAGCAGGAUGCCUCUUCAGUACUAGUUAUAAACACUGCAAACUUUAAUCCAACCUUCAUGCAUGGCUAUUCCCUUUUAAACCUAUAUAUAUGCUACUGCCCAGCUGUUCUUGUGGCUGAAGUUGUUAUCCCCAAUAUUAGCAGCAACAAUCUGGAAAACAAUUUAUAACUAAUUAUACUUUUAAUAUA